AUGAGGUUCUCAACGCUUGUUCUUGGCCUUCUUGCCACUUCCACCAGCGCCCUUCUCAAUCAAGGCGCAAACAUUCCUCGGGGCGUUGCGGGUGAUGUGAGCGCACCGGGACCUAGCCACGAGUCUGGCGUCGGGUGUGUUGACAAAUGGCACUCCUCGCACAACGUCAAGACUGAUGGUUGUGAUGAUUUCGGUAAUGGCGAAUGGCAUUGGCUCCCUCCAGUGCGCACCACCAGAGUUACAACCUCUCACGUCAAGACCAUUGUCGACUGCCCUCGCCUUAGCACGAUAGGGAUCCAGACUCCAGAGGCCAGCCAUAUUGCCUCUGCCACACAAGUUCACCCAAUUCCUGUUCGUAUCACACUUUCAUCCGUCCACCUUGGGUGGAAGGGAUCGCAUGGUGCUUCGCCAACAGUUACGACCUUUGCGGGAUCACCGGUCCCUACAGCUGCCAACAGCUCCGUUAUACAUCAUCCUCAUACUCCGACCACCACAUUCCAGCGUGCUCCGCAUGGCUAUAAUGCCACCACAGCGGCGCCCGCACUCCCAACUAUCAGCAAGGCUCCGCAGGAAACCUCCGGCGGAAUUUCGAGCACGCACCACAUCGGUAUCUUUGCUCUUGUUGGAUUUGCCGCCAUGCUGGUUUUGUAA